CUGAGGUUUUGAACACGGAUAAACCGGAAAAACAGUUGCUUUCGAGAAAACAGAACAGUGCAAGCCAUGGUAACUUGGGUAGUACUAGGAGGGGUCCUGCUCGCUCUCUAUGUUCUGAUAUACUAUAACCUGAUUAGGUGUCCGAAAUGCAGGAGUUCUGCUAAACUAACGGGAAAGACUGUCAUCGUGACAGGUGCCAAUACUGGUAUUGGGAAGGCCUGUGCCCUGGAUUUGGCCAAACGAGGUGCCAGAGUGAUUUUGGCAUGUCGUGAUAAAGUCAAAGCUGAGGCCGCUGUUUAUGACAUAAGGAAGGAGAGUGGCAACAACGAGGUGCUGUUCAUGCAUUUGGACCUGGAGAGUCUUCAGUCUGUGCGAUCCUUUGCAGAAACAUUCCUGAAGUCAGAACCAAGGUUGGAUGUACUGAUAAACAAUGCAGGGGUGGUUGGAGGCAAAACGUCAUCUGAUGGCUUCAGCAUUGAAUUCAGAGUCAAUCACUUGGGGCACUUUCUCCUGACUAUCCUGCUGUUGGAUCGACUGAAACAAGCAGAAGCUGGGCGUGUGGUUGUUGUGGCCUCAGAAGCCCAUCACUGGGGGAGCAUUGACUCUCGUUUUCUGAGUGGGGUGGCAACAAAGAACACUAGCUGGUCUAGCUUCAGAUCAUACUGUGACAGCAAGCUGUGCAACAUCCUUUUUACUAGGGAACUAGCGAACAAACUGGAGGGAACAAAUGUAUCGUGUUAUGCAGUACAUCCAGGGAGUGUCUUCACAGAUCUUUCCAGAAAUAUGAAGUUUUGGCAGAAGCUGCUUUUCGUUCCAUUGGCUAAACUUUUCUUCCAAGAUGCUGAGAAUGGUGCUCAGACCACAAUCUACUGUACAGUUCAAGAGGGCAUUGAGAUGCUGAGUGGCAGAUAUUUUUCUCAAUGCCAGGUGAAAGAUGUCAGUGCUUCAGGUCGAGAUGAUGCCCUUGCAAAGAAGCUGUGGGAGGUCAGUGAGAGGCUUGUAGGAAUAGCAUGAUUUGUUAAAGGGGAUAUGUGCACAAGAUAUGUUGCUUUUGUGUAGCACUGUUACCUACCCAUAGAAGUUAUAAAUGCAGGUUUCUAGAGCACAGUUGGGUUUGAGAUCAGACAUUUACUCCUUCUGUAGUAGAUGCCUUUUAGAAAGCAGAACUCUAGACACUGUGUUAAAUAUAUGGCCUUUACUACCUACUCUUUAUCAUGACCUACACAUUAAAUUAGGACAGAUGUACCUGUCUAGGUAAAUAUUUGGAAUGACGUUGAUCAUCAGAAAGAAAAAAAGUACACAAUUGUACAGGUGCAGUUGGACAAGUCACAAUGAGCAGAAUGUUAAUUCUGUCUUGCUAGAAAGAUGAUGAAUAAAUUGGAGGUGCCCACCUAAAAGUGAAUACUACACAUUAAGGAACUGUACUGGCCUGAAUAAAGUGCUGAUGCCAGUUGGUUGUAAUUCUUUAACAUAUUGGCAUUAAUCAAUAACAUAUCCCACUGUAAAUGCAGCUUUACUGCAAAAGAAAUAAACUUAAAUUGUGAUGUUGAGUUAUUCAUACUUUGCUUAUAUACUAAGUGCUGUUAUGGGAAAAAUCAAAGGAAGACGGUGACAGGUGGGUUAAAAGCCGAGCCAGCCGACAUGUUCAGAUAGAUGAUUGUUAAUAAUAAUAUAAUUUGACCAAUGAAGUAUUUGUAAGGUUUAUAUUAUUAUCUCUAAUAAUCAAAUAUGUAAUGUUGAUGUAAGCACUUAAGAGCUCUUUAUUACUGUAGUAUGGAGAGCUUGAUGAUGUUACUGAGCCACUUGGCUGCUAAACCUAUCAAUGCAACCUGCUGUUAAAUGCUUUCUUUGCUGUAUCCUUGAUGUUUGCCUUGUCUCAUUCUGUAGCUACUUUGUUUCUGCCAAAAUUAUAAUUACUAGAAUCA